UGCAAUUUUCGUGAAUGCUGCGCAACGAUUGACCAUCGAACAAGAAAUAGUAAACAAAAUUGCGUUAUGGCUCCACAUAGAAAAUGCACUUUCAACAAUAAUUUCAAAGAGAAGUACGCGUUUAUAAAAAAGGCUGCACAUGAGAAUGAAGUGAAAUGUUUGAAAUGCAGUGCUGUUUUUUCCAUUGCUAAGGGUGGUAAAUGUGAUAUUGAACGCCAUUUGAUAUCGCAAAAACAUCGUAAGGCUGAUUUUGAAGCUUCAACCAGUCAAUCCGUUCUCAAUUUUGUGCGACCACGUACAAUGGAUGAUCAGGGAAUGAAGAUCAGCAUCAAUGAAGAAAUGGACAUAGAAGACAGCCAACUUACUCCCAAAACUGUGAGAUCCGCCAUUGCUGCACCUAGAGCAUCAGCGCCACCCAUCGCCGCACCAAGGACACGAAGAGUCUUGAGUCCGCCAAGGCAAUCAUCUGUUGCAACACCCAGGGAUACGUUAGAAGAUCCAUUCGAAGAGACCUUGCCUCCACGAUGCAGCUUAUGCCAUCGGCCCCACGUGCUGAAGAGGUGCACUAUCUUCAAAAGCAUGAAGCCAGCUCAGCGCCAACAGAUCGCUCGCGCACACGGCCAUUGCAUGAAUUGCUUGGGAGACUCCCACACCACAUUCGAAUGUCCAACCGACGGGUCAUGCCAAUACUGUCAACGCCCUCAUCAUACCCUGUUUCAUCGAUUCCCUCGUCGAGUCAAUCCGCCAGCAAUCCACACCAAUAACAGACACAGACAACACGAGGAUCCUGUCCUGCGCCGAAGAGGGCACCAUUCCAGACGCACCAGGGGAGCGCACUCACGACCACCUGCACCAACCUACGGUCAUCGUAAUUCACAACGCAAACCAACGGGACUGAACGCCGUAGUGAGCACCCUGCAACGGUUGCAAAGACUUCUAGGCGAUUAAUCCGCCUAGGGGGGCCGGGAUGUUUAUGCGACAUCCGAUCGUGCGAUAUUUCAUCCUCGCAACACUCAUCCCACAACGCAACUUUCAUCCUCGCAACACUCAUCCCACAACGCAACAUUCAUCCCGCAACACGACAUUCAUCAUACACAACAUACAGCAUCACACCACGCAACCCCACGCACCGAACACCACCAUACCACAACAUACAUCGUUCUCACAA